AUGGCAAUGUCGUCCCAUGAUGUGUUAUUUGAGAUAUUCUCUUGGUUACCAGCAAAAGCUGUUUACAGGUUCAAGUCAGUUGGCAAGUUCUCCUUAGAGUUUUCAGAUGAAACAUUAUUUGCAUCGAAGCAGGCCCAGAAUGCAUUGUUAAAGGAUGACACGUGCUUCUUCAUUCAAUCAGAUAUUGGUCAGAGGUACAAUGGCCAAACAGAGUUACACCCUUUACCGGGAGAGGAGCUAUCAUCUGGAGUCUCUGAUGAUGUUUUACAAUUCUUGACAAACUCUGCAAGAAUUGUGGCUUCAAGCAAUGGCUUGAUUCUUUGUCGUGCUACUUGUCAAAACCAAGUUGAGUUGUUUAUUUGUAACCCAGCAACACAAUCUUUGUCCCCCAUUCCUAUCCCUGAGGAUUUGCAGGUGAGUGUUGACGCUGAUCUCAAAAUCGUUUUUGAAUGUCACUCAGAUGAUUGCAUGCUGUUUCUUUUUUGUGAGAACCCAAAAGAUGGUUGGUCUUCAAAUUUGUAUUGCAAUGUUUACCUUCACAAGGAAGGUGUAUGGAAAGCAAGGGAAGAAAGUUUCACCACAGGCGCUAGGAACUUGAGAUUUGACAUUCCUGUUAUUCAUAAUGGUGUCAUCCACUUCAUCUCAGAUUGUUCUCCUUACGUUAACAGAAAUAGUCAAUAUUUUUUGCCAUAUAUCAUGUCCUAUAAUCUUGAGAGUGGAGCAUCAAGAAUGCUCCGUGUGCCUAAAAAAGCAAGAAGGGGUUUUAACGAUGACAGCUGUAACAUGGGGAUUUUUAAAUGGGGUAAAGUCACUAGUUCAACUAAAUCAAUUUGUUUGGUGAGGUUAAGAAAUUUUGUUUUUACCAUAUGGGCUUUGAGAGACUAUGAAUCAAGUUCUUGGAGAAUGAUUUUGAAAAUAAGAGUGAAAGCAAUGGGAUUAGUGGAGCAAGAUCCUACUGUCACUGGUUUUACUGUCUUGAAUGGUGAUCUUUUGGUCUUUGCUACAACGAAGAAGGUCUAUGGCUAUGGUUUGAGUAAUGAAAAUUGUAUAGUGCUUGAGGAAAUAUGUGAACAUGGAUGUGAAACCGGAGUCUGCUUCACUUCUUAUUCGAACACUCUGCGCACGUGUGGUACAGAUGCCACAGCUUUGCCUCCAAAGAAGAAAAUGAUGCAACCAAUUAGUCCAAUUUCUGUUCUCGGGAACAGAAAUGGAUAG